GUCCACUUCUUAACUGGUUUGCUGAUUACCUUCGUGAUCGCAAACAGUGUGUUGUCGUUGAAGGAGCUUCCUCAUCUUUUCUUAAUGUUACCUCUGGGGUGCCACAAGGUAGUGUAAUAGGUCCACUUUUAUUCAUUCUUUAUGUAAAUGACCUUCCUGAGGUAACCAAUAAUAGUACCGUUGCACUUUUUGCUGAUGACAUCAAGUGUUAUCGUGCUAUACGAUCACCAGUUGAUCGUGGUCUCCUUCAGCUUGACCUGGACGCUAUGUCCAACUGGUCACUUAACUGGAAAAUGAAUUUUAAUGUCUCGAAGACACUCCUAUUUAGGAUAUCUCGCAAACGUAACCCUCCAACUCAUUGCUACUUUCUUAACAACGAUCCAGUUAAGAGCAUAGCUAACCAAGUAGACUUGGGUGUUGUUAUCAGCAAUGACCUAAAGUGGCCCCUCACAUCGCCAGCUGCACUGCAAAAGCCAAUCGUAUGCUUGGUUUUCUUCGUAGGAAUUAUACGCAAAUGUCUGAUAUUCGCUGCCGUAGGCUUCUUUAUCUUGCUCUCGUCCGAUCUCAUCUGUCAUAUGGUAGUGAGAUCUGGGCCACAGAAUAAGGUACACAGAAGGCCGACUUCUUUGUUUUUCCUAUGAUUUUGCUAUGAUUUUGGCGUAACCCGUAAUUCGUCAUCAAAUGCUGACGCCAUGGUCCUAGCCUGUGCGCGUUUGAGAGGCAUUCACCCCCCUGAUAUUAUUCAAAAUGGCGGAUGUCCAGGGGGGAAUGCUUCUCAAACCCGCACUGGCUAGGACCAUGGCGUCAGCAUUUUGAUGAUGAAUCAUGGCGUGGCAGCGUUACUCGAGUCGACCUUCUGUGUACCUUAUUCUGUGUCUGGGCACCUCAAGGAUCGUCACGUGAUCUUGCGAUCAUCGAGGGUGUUCAAAGACGAGCUAGUAAAUUUAUCCUUCAGGAUGAUGAGUUGCCAUAUCCUGAACGCCUUAAAAAGCUUAAUUUAUUACCAAUAUCCUACUGGAUGGAACUAAAGGAUCUCGUCUUCUUUUUUAAAUGUAAGCACGGUCUCUUCGACCUAGAUAUCUCCUCUUUCGUCACUUUUUCUUCAAACAGCUCGUCUCACACCCGUUCAAGUUCGGACAACUUGCUUCGUGUCAAUCAUUGCAGGACUUCUCUCUUUAGGAACUCUUUUUUCAACCGAAUUGUCUUUCUCUGGAAUAAUCUCUCUCCUACCAUUCGUAAUAGUUCAUCCGUUUCCUCCUUUAAAAACAGACUAACUGUUCAUUACUCUUCUCUACUUCAUUCAUCUUUCGAUAUAAACAGAAUGCGCACUUGGAAAACCUUCUGUUCUAAGUGCCGCUCUUUCAACUUAAGCUGUUGUUCGUAAUUCGUCAUGUUUUCUGUAAAUUUUAUAUUUGUUAUCGUCUUUGAUUUAUGUUUGUUAUAGUUUGUUUUCAUUAAGGUUGGUCUUCAUAUGGGGCUAUUCAUGUCCUGUUGACCAUACCUUAAACCAUAUUAUGUAGUGUUUUAGUCUAUUUUAUGUAUGGUUGUAAAGUUAAUAAAUCUAAAUCUAAAUCUGAAAUAUUUCGCAUUUCGCCGAGAAAAAGCGCCCGUGGAAUCAGGCCUUAAGGCCAGUAAGGGCCUGUUCAAUCAUAACUUCAUAUGGGGAAAAGUUAUCCCGGUCAGCGAGAAAACUUUUCGACAAGUUUACAAACGAGAUCUCCCCUUGUCAUGAAAGUAAUAUGAAAAGUUACACUGCGUUCAUAUGAGACGAAAUGUUUUCCCGUGUACCGAGACCGGGAUAAUGUUUUUCCCAUAUGAACACAACAUAGCCAUAACUUUCCCGCUUAGCGGGAAAACUUUCUGUCAUGUCAGCAACUUUUCUGGUUUUAAAAUGUGUCACACCAGGGCUACGCGAUAUGAAAAGGCCUAAGUCAUAAUUUCGCGACUUGCGAGUUGUUCAAUUUGAACUUUGGGUCUAUAUUUUUGUUCCUCAGCGCUGGAGAAACAAAAGCAAAGAGCGAAGAAAGCCAAGAAUGUCGCAGGAAAAGCGAAUCUCUGCAAUCACGCUGGAGUGAAGCUAGCUGAACACAGUAAGAUGAAACAUUUCUCAUUGUUUAUUUAGUUAAUUUUAAAUUUAUUAACUUCUGGUAUUCAUUUACACAAGUUCACAACUUCACAUGUGUUAGCAUCAUGUAAGGCCCAUCUACACGGUAUGACUAGUCGUAUACGAUUAUUCUGGCGUAUGUACUGCCAGGAUGUAUUCUAAGUGCAAUAUGCCGAAGAUCUUCGACGUGAGUUUGGCAAAUUACAAUGCUAUCUAUAGUUACUAAUAGACCUUUUCCCUUUUAAGUGAAAUUUUGAUCUAGCCUGGACAAAAAUUUCAUCACAGCUUGAAAGAGCAUCACAAAAUUAGUAAUAUUCCGAAGUUUCGUUGCGAAAUGUUGUAAAAUGUGGAUAAUAUAGCCCUGCAAAGUUUGCCGUUUUUCAGUCAUUUUGCAUUACAAAUGGGAAAUUGAUAAUCAGUUUGAUCCUCUGAUUAUCAAUUUCCCGUUUGUAAUGCAAAAUGACUGAAAAAUGGCAAACUUUGCAAGGCUAUAUUAUCCGCAUUUUACAACAUUUUGCAACGAAAUUUCGGAAUAUUACUAAUUUUGCGAUGCUCUUUCAAGCUGUGAUGAAAUUUUUGUCCAGACUUGUCUAGAUCAAAAUUUCACUUAAAAGGGGAAAGGUCUAUUGGUGUAUCUUCGGCGUAGAGUUUACAUGGAGUGCAUCCUGGAUGUACUAGGAUAGAUGCGUGUAAAUAUGUCACAUUUCAAUUGCCAUAAAAUGAUGAACGGGAAUAGUGGCAUCAGCAGUCGUUUUCAUACGCCAGAAUGACAAUCAUAUAUGACUAGUCGUAUUGUGUGUAAAUGGGCCUUUAGCCUCAUAGACAGGAGUUCAGACAAAGUUUGUAACAGUGUGGUCCCAAUAAUCAUCAAUAGUCAUUUGUAUAAUACUUUGAUAUAUCAAGACAGUAAGUACCUUGAUUGGCAUGUAGUGGGAUUUUCAAAACAAUGAAAAGACAAUGGAAAAUUCCAAUCAAAGGAUUGCAUGUGACUGCACUUUUGUUAUGUUUGGCAUGUGCCAAGUGCAUGUACGUAAGUGUCCCUCGUAUAGAUGCAAACAAACAUCCCAAAAAUUAGCUCAAUAUUAAGAUAAAUACUUAGUGUACCAUUGCUCUUAAAUGGGUGAAUAACCUUAAUCCAAUUGUCUCCAAUUGUUAGGGUUAUUUGAAAAAGCAAUUGAAGAACAUCGAAUGGAGUUACAAUUAUCAGAGUCUCUUAACGACACUAUUGCAGUAGCAAUUGCGCAUCGCAAACUGGGGGAGUGUCUGUGUGAACAACAGGACUUCAAGCAAGCUUUAUUUCAUCAACGAAAGCAUUUAGAGGUAAUUUGAUUUUCUGUGAAACUGACAAAGAGAGAUAAUAAAAGGGCUUGAUCCUUCGGUCACCAUGUAAAUAGUAGACAGAAAUCUUAUCAGUGGCAUACAAAGGUAUUAAGACCUGUCUACACAAUACAAUUAGCCGUAUAUGCAUAUGAAAAUUACUGCUGAUGCCACAAGGUCUCUUCAUUUAGUUUCUGGUGAAAUUGCUUUACGCAUGUUUAUUGAGUUCAUUGGACACAUUGGCCAGAUUAUCCUACUGAGCGCCAGGACUCUCCCCUUGAUGAGCAAAAUCAUCUGGUGUUAGACAGAGUAAAAUAAUAAAGCGUUCAGACACAAUGCAACCUAGACUUUCCCAAAGUCCUUUCCAGUGUUUUUCGCGGCGGCUUCGCCACUCACCAAGGUCAUUAUCAAGGCCGGAUUUUGAGGGGAGGUGCAGGGAGGUGCUGAGAUCGUUUUGUACCUCUCCUGAAAAGUCAUGCACCUCCCCUUGGGAAAGUUUCAAUGAUAGAUGAAAGUGAAAAUGUGACAUUUUUUGGUUGCUCUGCAAAAUUGAAACAGUGAUAAGCCCUAACUUUCCAUGGGGGUUGUGGGCUAGACCGCUGUACCUCCCCUAAAUUUUUUUCCACCUCCCCCACUAUUUCCACCAAAAUCCGGCCUUGCUCUCUAUUUGAGAUUGACUUCUGGGCAAGUCUAAAUGCAACCUUAUGGGUUAAAUAAAUACCGAGAAAUCCCUAGCAAGCCUGCCAUUAGGACAAGCUAAUUAUAAUAGGCUUGUGGGGUCUGCAUGCUUGUGGGGUCUGCAUGAGUUUGAUGACUUUAACCUCCAAAGUUUGUCCCUAAAAUUUAAUUGUUUUCACAUUAACAGCUAUCAAGAGAGUGUCAAAACAUUGUGGAGGAACAACGAGCAUUAGCUACUGUUGGACGGACGUUGUUCGUGUCAGCUGUUUCAUUUUCAGAACUAUUUGAAGCAAAAUCUGUUUUCUUGGAAAGUUUGUCAAUCUGUGACCAACUCAAAGAUAUUGUGGAAGAAAAAGAAUUGCUGGAAAUGAGAGCGAGACUUUAUCUCAAUCUUGGCUCGGUUUAUGCAAAUCUAAAAAAUCCCAAGAAAGCCGUGAGAUAUAUUGAGGAAGCAUUAGUGAUCACUGUGAAGCAUAGUCUGAAAGAAACUGAAUACAGAUGUCAUUUUUCACGUGGAGAGAUAAAGCUAGCAGAAAACCAUCCUGCUGAAGCAUUACAGUGUUUUGAACGAGCGAGGAAGGCAGCGCAACAUCAGGGAAUGAAAUUUGAGGAAGCUGAUACCUUGGUCAAAUGGGACAGGUCUUUCUUCGGUUGGGUGACUUCAAAGGAGCUAAAAACAUUCUUAAAAAGUGUUUCAAAACAAUGA